AUGGCCGAGACCGGCUUCAACCCCAGGGCAUUCCUGAUGCGCCCAACCAAACCCCUCAUCUUCCUCGUUGCCUCCGCGGCCAUACUGGGAUUGACCGUCUCAUGGCUGGCCAUCCAAUACCCUGGCUUCAUCUUCUAUCCCGCGCCAGCGCCGAUUAAUUGUCCGCUGGAAUUUGACAACGAUACUACGGCUGUGCCGCCUACGCAUGUAGGAAUGGAUUACAACGAAACGCUACCUCUACGCCUCAUCACCUACAACAUCAGAUAUGCGUCCAAGCACCCCGUCGCGAAUGAGAAGCCAUGGGAGAUCCGCUGCCCCAAGCUCGUCACCCAAUUGAAAUUCAUCACAGAGGGCCACGACAGCCCCUUCAUCUGCCUCCAGGAGGUCCUCGACUCCCAGGUCCACGACGUCCAGCGAGGCCUGGGCGCGGGCUGGGGUCACAUCGGCCGCGGUCGCGAAAAGGGCGAGACGGACGGCGAGUUCUCCCCCAUCUUCUACCGCUCGAGCACCUGGCGCCUGACCCGGUACGAGACCCGCUGGCUGAGCAAGACGCCCGACCGCCCUUCCAGGGGCUGGGACGCCUACUACAACCGCAUCGUCACCAUGGGCGAGUUCGCCCACCGCACGACCAACACCACCGUCAUCGUGAUGAGCACCCACUUUGACCACAUGGGCGCCAUCGCGAGGGAGCACAGCGCCGACCUCCUCAUCAAGUUCGCCAAGGAAUGGAGCGCCGCCAGCGAGGCCGACGUCUCCGCCGUCCUCAUCGGCGGCGACUUCAACAGCGCCCCGGACGACGACUCCUACCGAAGGAUGACGGCCCCUGGCUCAGGCAUGUCCGACAUCGCGGACCUCGUCCCCGAUUCUCGCAAGUACGGGAACAGGUUGACGUACACCUCCUUUGGUGAGCCGGAGUACGGCUCUGCGCGGAUUGAUUUCCUGUUCAUCAAGGAGCCUCGCACGGCCCUGGUCAAGAGUUACGGCGUUUUGGCGAACCAGUUUGAGGACGGGGUUCUGAUCUCAGAUCACAGGCCAGUCGUUGCAGACUUGGAGGUUCUGCCCUAG